AUGGAGUUCCCCGAAGGAGACCAACUAAAGGCCGCGGAGAAGCUCGAGUUGGAGAAAUUAGCUAAGAUCAAUUUCGACCCUACACGCAUCGUUGAUUUAGAUGCACUUCUUUGUGAUACUUAUGAUAAACAAUGUCCAAAGCCAGUUCAUUAUCACAACAGGAGAGAUUUGAUUCGCAUCUUCAAUAUGAUGGCAAAGGAAAUAUAUGGCAAUAGUAAGUCCUCUCCUGUUGUGGAAGAAUAUGGAUCAUUUGUAAUGGACAUUUUCAAUGAAAAAAGUGAUCUUGACUUGUCUAUCAAUUUCAGUAAAGAUUCCAUUGAAAUUAGUCGGCAGAAGAAGAUUGACACCCUUCGGAGGUUUAGCAAGAAACUACGCUCAAUUCAAAGAAAUGGGCAUGUUACUGCUUUAGAAGUUAUCCUGUCUGCCAAUGUACCGAUUAUAAAAGUUACUGAUUGUGGAACAGGUAUUGAAUGUGAUUUAUCGGUCGGAAAUUGGGAUGGCAUUGCAAAAUCCCAUAUCAUCCGUGCAAUAUCUGCUAUAGAUGAAAGGUUCCAAAAGCUAUCUUUACUGAUGAAAUCAUGGGCUAAGGCUCAUAAUAUCAACAGUUCCAAAGACGCGACUUUGAAUUCUUUGUCGAUUGUAUCAUUUGUUGCUUUUCAUUUGCAGACUUGCGAUCCUCCCAUAUUACCUCCAUUCUCUACUUUACUAAAAGAUGGAGCUGAUCUUGAGUCUGUGACGAAGAUUGUUAAAACUUAUACCAACUAUGGGAAUAAAAACAAAGAGUCCUUGGCCAAGCUUUUCGUUACUCUUUUAGUCAAGCUAGCAUCAGUUGAAAACCUUUGGCAGAAUGGAUACUGUACGAGUCCAAACAAAGGGUCGUGGGUUUUAAAAUCAUGGAAAUACUCAAUGAGUAUAGAGGAUUUCACAGAUCCAUCACAAAAUGUCGCUAGAGCAGUUAGAGCUGAAGGAUUUAAGGCGAUCUACGAAUGUAUCCAUAAUUCCAUUGACUAUGUUUCAUGCUUUUUAAAUGGCGAGAUCCAGGGAAUUGAGUUAAUGGACCAUUUGUUUGGAAAACCUAUGGUUUCAACUCCAGGAGUUGAGGAUUCUUCUACUAGCAACAUCAAUCCAAGAAAGAAUAACUCUCCUAUUUUGCGAAAUUCCCGCCCAACGAAAAAGAAAAAAAGAAGCUUAGCUAAAAACCAGGUUCCAGAUUUUCAACAAACUAAACCCCGGGGUACAGAUCCGGUACAUGUACCAUGUUCUACUCUAGGAGUUCAGGGUACAUCUACUAGCAACAUCAGUGGAAAUAAGAAUACCCCUCCUACUAGCAGCAUCACUGAAAAUAAGAUUACCCCUCCUGCUAGCAGCGUCAAUGAAAAUAAGAAUACCCCUCCCGCUAGCAGCGUCAAUGAAAAUAAGAAUACCCCUCCUGCUAGCAGCAUCAAUGAAAAUAAGAAUAACCCUUCUACUAGCAACAUCAUUGGAAAUAAGAAUAACCCUCCUACUAGCAACAUCAUUGGAAAUAAGAAUAAGCUUCCUACUUUGCAAAAUCCUAGUCCAACGAAAAAGCAAAAGCGACACUUAGGUAAAAACCAGGUUCGAGAUUUCCACCGAACUGAACCUUGGAGCACAGGUCAUGUACAUGUACCACCUAGUAGUAAUAUGGCCAAUGGUGUUUCUUCUUCCACUCCCCAACUUCCCUACCAAUUUCAAUAUCAAUUACCGUUUGCUACUUAUAGUUCAAAUUUUAAGGAGCAUCACAGUUAUGUUCCACGGAAUGUUCCUCCUCCUCCUCCUCCCUUUGGCUUAAACCAAGUUGUUUUCCAAGGUUCUUAUAAUCCUCCAAUACAGUCCCAUCGAGUUUCGUCACAAAUACACGGGGAUUUUUUUCCAACACUUCACCAAAAUGCAGUAGCUUCAAAUCCCUAUCAGGGUUCAUUCCCACAUUCCUCACUACAAGGAAGAGACUAUGCCCACAGUAGGGACUAUGCCUCACCACACAUAAGGGACUAUGCCUCACCACACAGAAGGGAUUAUGCCUCACUACACAGAAGGGACUACGCCUCAUCACUACAUAGAAGGGACUAUGCCUCAUCACAAAGGGACUAUGCCAUGUACAAUCACAGAAGUGGUUAA